AUGGUUCGCAUUACUUUCACCGUUGUUGUCGCUUUCGCCAUGACCGCCUUUGCUUUGUCUCCCAACAAUGCUGGCGCCAAGAACGUCGGUGCUGGUGACGCUUCUCAGUUCAUCACCGGUGGCUGCAUUGACGACUCAGACUGCUCGUCUGCAUGCUGUGCUGAUCUCAGCGGUGUCGGUAUCUGUUCUGCUGAGGCCGCCGCUUUCCAAGCCGGCAAGAACGGUUGCGGAUUCGUCGACCCCAACGCUGCAGCCACCAUUCAAAAGGCUGCCGACCAAGUCGAGAAACAAGGUUUCUAG